AGCGGCGGGGCCCGCCCCCCGCGGAGGGAGACGCCAUUGCGGGUUGUUUGUGCGGGAGGCGGAGGGAGGCGGCGCCGCGGCCGCGGACUCGUUCCCCGCGGCCAUCAUGUCUACCCCGGCGCGGCGUAGGCUGAUGCGCGACUUCAAAAGAUUGCAAGAAGACCCUCCUGUGGGUGUCAGUGGUGCACCGUCUGAGAAUAACAUAAUGCAAUGGAAUGCAGUUAUAUUUGGGCCAGAAGGGACACCUUUUGAAGAUGGUACUUUUAAACUAGUAAUAGAAUUUUCAGAAGAAUAUCCCAACAAGCCUCCAACUGUUAGGUUUUUAUCAAAAAUGUUCCAUCCAAAUGUGUAUGCGGAUGGUAGCAUAUGUUUAGAUAUUCUUCAGAAUCGCUGGAGUCCAACAUAUGAUGUUUCAUCUAUUUUAACUUCAAUUCAGUCUCUGCUUGAUGAACCCAACCCAAACAGCCCAGCAAACAGCCAGGCAGCACAACUCUACCAGGAGAACAAACGUGAAUAUGAGAAAAGAGUUUCAGCUAUUGUUGAACAAAGUUGGAAUGAUUCGUAACAGCUGCUUUGUUACUCUCCCUCCUCGUAUUCAUAUACCAUUUAACUCUCAAUAGAAAGGCUACCACAGAUUUCAAGUGCCACAGUUCUAAGAAUUUGCAUCAAAACUCAUUUGCAACCAAAAUUUAAGCCCUCCAGUUUAGGAACCUUUAAAGCUUGUGUAUCUUGAUUAACGUCCUUUUUAUUGCAUGGUCUGAACUAAGUUAUUGCUACAUAAAUUUGUAAUAUAUCCUGUUUGUAUUUUUUUUCCAAGUGUAUAAUGUUGGUGUGGAGUUUUCAUGACAGAAUAUACACAUUUUGUAAAUCUGUACUUUUUCAAAUAUUGAAUGCCUUAUUUUUGAAUUCUUUAGAUUUUUAAAUUGGAGAAAAGCACUUAACAAAGUUUUUAUAUAUAACUAUUUCAUGUACAACUGUUAAAUACAUAACCUUAGUGCAAGACGUUCUGCUCUCGCUCUGUAUCUCUUCCAAAGGGCUCAUUUUCAGUCCACGACAUGCCUGAUACCACUUUACAAAAGGUUAAUCCAUGAUGUAACUGUCUUCACUGGAUGUCUCUGCUUCUGCACCACAGCUUAACUCGAUUCUGUGUGUCCUCAGUUGUAUGAGGAAGAGAAAUACUGGUAGCUGCCAGCUUAUAGAUAAGGAAAUAGACUUUGCUCCAAGUCCCACAUUAAACCAGUGCCAGAGGGACCUCCAUGUCCAGGUUUG